GUGUUUUGGAGCUGGAGCACCCACUGGCCACAAUGAGGAGUCAGAUACUCCCACAGCAGCCACAGACAUGGUCCUGGAGUCUGAUGAGCGGCCACCUACCACACAGGCCUCUUCAGGGAUGGUCCUGGAGCCAUCUACCCUCUCAGCCUCAUGCUCCUUGCAGGACUCCUCAGAAAAACGUCCCAUCAUCAACCAGACUCAGCUGAUUAAAGUACCAGAAGGAUCUAAUUUGACUCUGCAGUGUCAAACUGAUCCAGAGAUCAACCUAACAAACUACACCUUGGACUGGAGGAGAGUGGACAUCCCAAAUGUCUCAGACCUCUUUGUCUACUUCCGUCAACGUGGGACAGAUCAUCCUCAUCCACAGAUGCAGCGAUACAAGAACAGAGCAGAGCUGAUUAAAGAGGACCUGACCAGAGGACGGAUGACUCUACUGAUCCCCACAGUCCAGCAGUCUGACUCAGGACGCUUCAGAUGCUUCAUCCCAAAGCUGAACGUCCGCUUUGUUUUCAACAUUGUUGUGACAAAGAGAGAGGAUGUCGCCAUGACGACGUCUCCAGGAUACAGAGUCAUGAACCCCACUGUGUCUGGUCCUGUAGAGAAGAGAAGCUACUGGAUCAUUCUUGGUGUCUGUAUUUGUUUCCUCCUUGUUCUUGGUUUCAUCGUUGGAGUCCUGGUGAAGAACAGAGGGAUUAGGAUUUGCAGACGGAGAAUAGAUGAAGAAAUGGGAAUGCUGAGGAAAGAAGAUGAAGGAGACGAAGACAAGGACAGAGACAGAGACAAAGACGAGGACGUCACCACAGUGAACGUGGUCAUGAACCUCCAGCAGGUUCAGCUGUGAUUCUGGAGGACUCUACCUUCAGUCAUUUAACUCUCAUCUUGAGGAUGAACUGCUGCAGUAUUUUAUUAUUUCAAGUUGUUGUGUCUGCCUGGGUUUUCUCCAGGUACUCUGUUUUCCUCCCACCUCCAAAGAAAUGCUCGUUAGGCUGAUUGGUGAUCAUGAAUGGACCCUAUGUGUGA